GUAAUAUUGAUUCGGGUCAAAAUGACCCUAAGGCAACACAAGGGUUAAAGAACCCUUUGUAGAUUUUUUGAACUGCAGCAUCAUCAAAAUGAUUGAAAGCUGGGCAGCACAGUUGAAACUAUUUGUUUGGAUCUGGAUCAGAAUCUUGUUUCUUUCUAUUUUUGACAUUUCUCAUGCUGUAAAAAGAAUUGGGAGAAUGCAGCCAGGAGUCGGGACACGGAGAUAUAAAUCUGUUUAUUCAAUCUUCGUCCAGUUUUUACUCUGAAAAUGUCACACUCUCUGAAAACAAACGUGUAAAACUGUUCCCCAAAUUAAAGCAUAAUGAGCCAAGACAUUCUGAAAUCCAUUUAAAUGGUACGGUUGGUGUUGCUGAACAGUCGACCUUAGCGCAGACACAGAGGCCACUGAGGAACUAGUUUUGAGGUGGCCUGCACAUCCAUCCCGUAGUUGCAUGCUGGUGUUAUUCUGGGAUGUUGUGAUGCUUUAGAAUGGUACGCUGCUUCGUGCAUCUAAAUUUAGCUUGAACAUGCUUCAGGUCCUGUGGCUCAUAAAGGGCCUGAUUUAUAAACGCUUACGCUGGGGUUGUGCCCACAUAGUAUUAUGGGAGCACACGUGCAGUACCAUUAUUUAUUUUAUAGUAGCUUUAUUACCGUUUUACACAUUCACUUGCAUGUCUCUUUAUGUCAAUAAUAAAGAGUCAGUCACCACAGGUUGUACUUUAGAUUCCACUCACUGAUAUUCCCCAUCAGGCUAUUCUCACUGCAUCGUGCUCGCUCGGCCUCAUAAACAAACUGCUUUCAAAGGAACCCACGGGUGUCCUUUUCUUCCCUCUUGUCACCUUCAUCACUCUGUGUGAGUUGCUGUCUCGGCGUUGUAGAGGAGUAAACUAAGUGUUCUUCUUCAUUAGCAGGAUUGAUGGUAGCUGUUUUACGGGCGUGAUGUAUUUCUACAGCUGAUGUAAAUCAAAGCUACAGUAGCACAGACUCGCUAAAAUAAGUUGUCCUCGGUGACCGGUGUCUGCGCAGCACCAGAUUUAAUUAGGUUAUGGAAAACGUAAUUGCAUUCGGGGAUCCAUCUUUCUGUCGUUGCACUGAGACAGAACCGGGCUUUGAAGCUCGAGCAUCUGUGACCCGGACGGGAGUGUCUGGGGUGGGUGGUGCUGCUGUUGGACCAGCUGUGAUGAUGAUCAGCGUUGUCGCAACACUCAACGCGUGUUCUUUCCCAGUGGACAAGGGCCAACCCAAGGCCGGCGCCCGCCAGCAGCAAGUGCCCCAGCCCAAGCAGCGCAGUGGACCUCCGGAUGUGGUGCCGGCGAGUGUCGCCGAGGGUGGGAGGAAGGAGCAGAGCGCCCCGCAGCUCGGAGGACUCCAGGCAACGAGUAACCGCAGAUUUCAAGCCGUCGCCAUCGUCUUGCAGCAAACUUUGGCUGAGCGGGAUGAAACCUCAAAGCAGAGCCGGGAUCUGUCCCAGGAGCUGGUCAGCCUUCGAGGAGAGCUGGUUUGCUCCGAGCAUUCAUCGGAGCGCCUGGAGACGGAGAAGGAAGAGCUGCGUGUCGCUCUGCAGGAGCAGCACCAGAAGGACCUGGUGGAGCUGGAGCAGAGACUUCAGGCCUUCUACCAGGCCGAGUGGGACAAGCUGCACCUCGCCUGCCAGGAGGAGGCCGACAAGUGCAAGACGCUCAUGCAACAGCAGGUGGGAGAGCUCAACGCCAAUCAUGAGGCCAUGAAGCUGGAACUGGAGAGCAGCCAAGCGGAACAUCUGCUGUCUGUCAAACAGCAGUAUGACGCGUCCCUGGAAGAGGUCAGCAAAGUCCACAGUCAGGAACUGCAGUCGUUGGAAAACACUCUGAAAGAAACUGGAGCGGCUCUGUCUGGACGGAUCGAAGAGCUCACCCUGCAGAACAAUGGCCUGAGUGAGAAGCUCACGGCGGUGGAGAACAGGAGGAAACAGCUGGCCGAAAAGAAUCAGAAGGACUCCCACACCCUGUAUCUGGAGCAGGAGCUGGACAGCCUCAAAGUGGUCCUGGAUAUCAAAAACAAACAGCUCCACCAGCAGGAGAAGAAGCUGAUGGAGAUCGACACACUGACGGAUAGAAAUGUGAAGUUGGAUGAGGAGCACAAGAAAGUCCAGCAGGAGAAUGAGGACCUCCAGGUCCGCAUGCAAAGACAUUAUGCACUGUCCAGGCAGCUGUCGACGGAGCAGGCGACGCUGCACGAGUCGCUCCAGAAGGAGUCCAAGGUGAACAAGCGUCUGUCGAUGGAGAACGAGGAGCUGCUGUGGAAGCUCCACAACGGAGACCUGAGCAGCCCCCGCAAGGCGUCGCCCACCUCCACCUCCCCGUCCCGCUCCUUCAGCCUGGACUCCCCUCGCAGCUCGGGCUUGUUCUCCAGCGCGCCCGUCUCGCCCAGAUAACGACGGGUACCGGUUUCCUGUGUCGAGUCGAGCGACCGAGAAGUAAGAGCCGUGCGUGUUUCCUGUUCCCUCUUUGGCUCCUUCAGGAUCGACUCUGACACUUUGUGUACAGACACUGCAGACCGUAAAGAAACAUUUAAAUCUAGUUGCACAGAUGCACUUAAGAAGCAAGGUCACCUUGUUUUCUUGCCUUUCACGUCUGGUACAACGGGGGAGGGGAGGGUGAAGAAAUCUCAGGACUUCUAUGUAAUGAUACUAUUUGUUGACUUGUCUGCCCUGAAGCUCACACACACACACACACACACACACACAGAAAGAGAUACACACACAUGCAUCCAUUCUUUCUUCUGUCUCUGGAGAUCAGUCGUCUCUCCUCGGGCACAUUUUAUUUAAAAUGGUCUUGAUAUGUGGACUGGCUGCUUUUUGGAUUCCUCCAUUUCUCACAGCCGACUGUCACUCACAUCCUGCUGCUAGUCAUCACACCAGGCUGUGCAAGUCUAUGUUCAGAUUUAUUUAGAGUUUUUUUUUUUUUUUAAAGGUUAUAGGUUGUUUUUCUUCCACCUAGUUUGUAAGUUCAAGUUUCAUCUGUUGCCUCGAACCUUGUUUUGUUUUCCACGUGUGUUUGUUUGACCAGGGGACCAAUCGGAGUCUUUGCAUGUGUUGGCGUCUUGGUAAUCACGUCGUGUUGCACCUCCCGAAGCGGCUGUAAAGAGGCGCCGCUUGUCUCACUGCAACGUUGCAAAUAGUAUUUUGUGUGGAAUUUAUUCUUUUAAGUUUGUUGAACCAGUUUUGAAACAUGCAAAUAAUAAAGUCUUUUAUUAAACCUG